GACCUGUCAUUCAAAGAUAAACACUGGCACGAGCGAUGCUUUUUCUGUACCGUUUGCAAAAGUUCGCUGGCUGACAAACCGUUUGUGACCAAAGACACCGAAUUGUACUGCCCUGAUUGUUACGACGAGCGCUUUUCACCACGAUGUGACGGAUGCAAGAAGAUAUUCAAAGCCGGAUCGAGAAAAUACGAAUACAAAGGCUCCACAUGGCAUGAAGAAUGUUUCACUUGUCUGGAAUGUAAACAACCAUUGGGCACCAAAUCUUUCGUCCCAAAAGACGAAGGGGUCGUUUGUGUGCCGUGCUAUGAAGAAAAAUAUUCGCAAAAGUGCUUCAAAUGUGGCAAGGCCAUUCAAAAAGGUGGUGUCACUUACAAAGGUCAACCCUGGCACAAGACCUGUUUCCUCUGUGUGAAUUGUAACGCUGAACUGUCCGGACAGAAGUUCACCUCGAAAGAUGAGAAACCCUAUUGUGCCGACUGUUAUACACAGCUGUUUGCCAAGCGUUGCGCCAAAUGUACUCAACCUAUCAGUGGUGAGUGA